GGUGAUUUGGCAAAAGAAGGAGAACUGUAUGAAGGUUUUGAUGAGGAAUAUGAAUGUCCGAUUUUGGAUGAAGACAGAGUAAUUGAUGAACUAGAAGACAAAAUGAGUGAUGGUGGAGUUAUCAUUGAUUAUCAUGGCUGUGAUUUUUUCCCAGAAAGGUGGUUUCAUAUAGUAUUUGUACUUCGUACAGAAAAUUCAUUUCUCUAUGACAGACUUGAAAGCAGGGGCUACAAAGGGAAGAAGCUACAGGACAACAUUCAGUGUGAAAUUUUUCAGACUCUUUAUGAGGAAGCCGUGUCGUCUUACAGAGAGGAAAUUGUACACCAGUUACCCAGCAACACUCCAGAAGACCUAGAGCGAAAUUUGGAUCAGAUUAUGCAAUGGAUUGAGCAAUGGAUGAAAGACAACAAUUGACAUCUGGUGGAAAAGUAACUCUGUUAGAUCUCUUCCUGGAGGGGCUUAAUAAGUGACAUUCAUAAUUAUUUAAUGGUAAAUCGAAAUAAAUUUCAUUGUAGUUUGUUUUGGCUGGGAACUAGAAGAAGUUUCAUAAUAGCCAAAGUUCUAAGGCUUUGGAACAGCCUCUGAAACGGUGGGUGUUGGCACACAGGAGAACUGACUCUAGAAUAGAAAUUAAGCAGUGAAUGAAAGGAUUAGGUGACAUGGUUGCCUUUAACAGCAGGAACUGAGCUCAGGAACUGAGGAUUCUUUGGAGCUUAUGGUUGAAAUGAAACCUUUUUAUUUCCCCACUAACAAAACUAUAAAAUUGUAAUGACUGAUGACAGUUGAGGAGCUUUUGAUCGCUAAAGGUUCAAUUAGUGUACUGAAAAGGAAACGGUCUGCUUCUGAGUCAUUAGACUGCAAAUUGCUAUAUUCCAGUAUAUUCUUAAACAUGUGGAAGCUAAUGUAGAGUGAGGGGUUUAUUACAUAGUUUAAGGUAAGGUAUUUAGGGUAUUUUGGAGGUAAGAGAUUUGACCUAGUGAGAAAGCUCUUUUUGAAUGUUUCAUAGAACAUAAGGAAUUAUUCAUGCUGUAAGGAAACAUCAGCUAUAUCUGCACUGAUGUAGAAGAGUAAGAAAGAAGCCUUUUUCUCCUCUGUCUUCCCUGUCACCCAUCUCAAUCAUGGAAAGUAUUUAUCAAGGUAAACUUCUUAAGGAAGCAGUAGUGCUCUUGUAUAGUAACAAUCCUCCAGUGACCUAAAACAUGGUUACGCUUAAAAGAUUGGUAGCCAUCUGUUCUAAUGGCUUGUAAAGUGUGAGCCCUAGAAGGGCAUGUUCUGUGAUCCUCCUUCCCUGAACAGAAGGGUUGUAAAACUUUAUGAAAGAUUCUGUAGAAAGCGCUUGCCAAUAGACUUUUAUAUACUUGAGGUUGAAUAGUAAAACUAUUUACCUGAAAUUUGUAUUGUGAAGAGUAUAAUGUUUACAUAUUUAAGAUUCUAUUUGUUGUGUUCCAAAUAUGGUGUAGAACCUCUUGUGAGAGUUACGGAGGCAUAUUCAAGUUUCUAGGAGAGUAAAUUCUUGUCAAAUUUUUGAUGCGGUGACAUUUGUAAGCAGACUGCAAGCGGAACUGUUGAAAAGCUGAAGUCGCGUUGCAGAAUCGGGACCAAAUAUUGGGGAAAUAAAUGCACACGUGUCAUUA